AUGCCCGGCUGUCUUCCCACAUCAGAGAGCUUUGACCGAGCGUACGCCUCCGACUCGACAGCCACAGAUUCCGAGUCCGAGUAUAUCCCUUCUGAAACAAGUGAAGAUAGGGAUUUCGUUGUUUCGGAUACAGAUCAUAUAUCCGAUAUGCUGAGUGUUUCUGGUGAAGACUCCGACAGUACGCUUGAGAAUGAAAAGGCGGGUCAAGCCAUUCCUCUUACCUCUUAA